UCAGCCACAUCAGUCGUUCAAUAUUCUUCAGUUCGAUCAAGUGAAUCAUUGAGAUUUUUGUUCAAAAUCAAAUAAAGCGAAAAAUUUAAAAUGAAAGUAUUCAUCUGUUUGGUUUUGAUCGCAAUUUGCAACGUCGCAGUUAAUCAAGCGGCUGCAAUUGACAUCCAAGAAGAGUCAGCACUGCAAUUCGAGCCGACGUAUUACGAAGGUCAAGCGUAUGAUGCCAUCGAUGAACAUUCUCGUCCAAGACGCCAGACGAGUAACGGUCAAGCAGGAGUUGAUAUAAAACAACAAGGUCGAACAACAAGUGUGAAUGCUCAGGCUGGCCGAGUGUGGCAGAGCAACGAUGGUCGAACAAGGGUCGAAGCCAACGUCAACUACGGCCGAGAUUACGGUAGAGGUGGUUCACGGCCAAAUUAUGGAGGAAACGUUGGCAUUUCACACCGUUGGUGAUUUUCUACGGUUUGAAAUUAAGUGCUGAAAAUAGAUUAUAAUAUCAUUUUCUCCAUAAAUGAACUACAAUUCAUUUAUUUAACGAAUACAUUUUAACCAAACACAUUUAUAAGCACAAUAUUUAAAUAGAAGAAUAAAAUAUUUUUCAUGAAUAGCCGGAAA